UGGCCCUGUAAUGUGUUGAAGUGUUUCCUAUCACCCUUGAAACACAGAUAAAAAUGUGAAUUAGAUGUCCCACCGCACGAACAGACGAGAUCAAUGCUUUGCAAUUGUAGAUUUGUAGGGAACCCAUUGAAGGGGCCCUUCCAGAAAUUCUCAGUGGCGCUGGGCUGAACCCAGGCCAAAGAGGGGGUUUGGAAAUAGUUUUCAACCAGCAAUUGACGCGCCUCGGUUAUAACCUCACUAGCUGCGUCAUUGCCCCAAGCGCAAAGAUGUUUUGUAACCACGUCAUGCCCUCCCUUUUAUAAGUUCUGUGCAUUCUUGUUUCUCUCCUUCUCAACCGAUGUGGGACUUCAUUUAUUUUUUUUAUAAGUGUGGACGACCUGAUGAUCGUUUAAGCUUAGUUUCAUACAGAUGGCAUCUACAUUUUCAGGAUUGCUUGAUGAGCGGUUGUGAUCUGCACGUGUUACUCGUUUCCACGUGAGACGGCGAGUGCAUUUAGCUUCUUCCCUUAGCCGUCGCUAAUCUAAAAUUUAAAAUUGGCAGAGGAUCUUUCACAGUACUCAAGAGAAACCCGCCAUUUUCCCUCACCUCUCUCUCUCUCUCUCUCUCUCUCUCUCUCUCUCUCUCUCUCUCAUGAAUGGCUCUCUUCCUCUCAAAUCUCUCAAACCCAACAGCAAAUUUCUCUCCUCUCGUAUCAAAAUCAAUUCUUUCUACACCCAAAUCCCACAGAACCCUCUCAAAUCCCCUCUCACAUCUCUCCAAUGCGGUGCUCUCUUACAGUCCUUCACCAACUCCAAAUCCUCCCAAAUGGGUAAGCAGCUCCACGCCUACAUGCUCUCUUCAGGUAUUCUCCUCGAAAAUACAUAUCUGUACACCAAACUCUCCGCCAUGUAUGCCAUUUGUGGAAUCAUGACUGAUGCCCGCUUCAUUUUUGAUCAAAUCGUAUUAAAAAACUCAUUUUUAUGGAAUGUUAUGAUUAGAGGCUAUGCUUGUUGUAAUGGAUUUUCAAUGAAUUCGCUUGUUCUGUAUCGAGAGAUGGUGAUUUUUGGGAAAAGGGCAGAUAAUUAUACUUACCCUUUUGUUCUUAAGGCAUGUGGUGAUUUGUCACUUGUUGAAAUCGGUAGGAAAAUCCAUUGUGAGAUUGUGGUUUGUGGGUUUGAGUCGGAUAUUUAUGUGGGCAAUUCCUUGAUUGCGAUGUAUGCGAAAUUCAGUGAUUUGGGUAGUGCACAGAAGUUAUUUGAUAAAAUGCGUGUGAGAGAUUUAACUUCCUGGAACACGAUGGUUUCUGGUUAUGCGAAGAAUGGUGAGCCAGGUGAGGCUUUAUCUGUUUUUUAUCAAAUGGUGAAGAAUGGAGUAAGAGUGGAUUCCUCUAGUCUUCUCGGUGUAUUGUCGGCAUGUGCUGAUGCAGCAGCAUUGAAACAGGCAAAGGAGAUUCAUGGUUAUGUUGUGCGGAAUGGUAUGGAUUUCGAUAGUUUUGUUAGGAAUGCUCUUAUUAAUGUUUACUGCAGUUGUAAUUUUAUAAAGUGUGCAAGGGGAUUGUUUGAGGAGGGAGACAGUAGAGACAUUGUCUCGUGGAAUUCUAUGAUUUCGGGUUAUGCUCGGUGUGGUGAUGCUAUUGAAAGCCUAUGGCUUUUUCGUCAAAUGAAUUUGGAAAACAUGGUACCUGAUAAAGUUACUCUAAUUUCUGUGCUUGGAGCUAGUGAUCAGAUAGCAGCGCUGCAAUUUGGUAGGGGCAUUCAUGCUUGCCUUGCAAAAAAUGGCUUCGUGGUGGAUACGAUUGUGGGGACCUCACUUAUAGACAUGUAUGCCAAGUGUGGUAGUUUAGGCUGUUCGCGUCGAGUUUUCGAUGAGAUGCUAGAGAGGAAUUUGGUUUCUUGGAGUGCUAUGAUUGCAGGUUAUGGGUUUCAUGGGAGAGGAAAGGAGGCCAUUUCCAUUUUUAGCGAAAUGACAGAGUCUGGUGUUAGGCCAGAUGCUGUUAUUUUUACUUCGGUCUUGUCAGCGUGUAGCCAUGCAGGGUUAAUGGAUGAGGGUUGGGCGAUAUUCAACCAAAUGCGGAGCGAGUACUCUAUAAGUCCAAGGAUUGAGCACUAUGCCUGUUUGGUCGAUCUUCUUGGGCGGGCUGGGCGCUUAGAUGAUGCAUAUGAGCUCAUUAAGAAAAUGCAAGUGAAACCUAAUGUAGAUAUCUGGGCCGCACUUCUCUCUGCUUGCCAGGUCCACCGCAAUGUGAGGCUAGCUGAAAUUGCAGCCCAAAAUGCUUUUCUUUUGAAGCCUAAAGGUGUUGGCCUUUAUGUUUCCCUUUCCAACACCUAUGCAGCAGAGAAAAGAUGGGAUGAUGUGGAAACAGUAAGAGCGAGGGUGAGACAAAGGGGACUGAAGAAACCACCAGGCUGCAGCUUUGUUGAAUUGGGGAUGGAAAUUCAUCGGUUUUUAGUGGGAGAUAAGAUGCAUCCGCAAUCAGAGCUUAUAUAUGUCAAGUUAGAAGACUUGAAUCAGAGAUUGAAGGAAGAUGGCUAUGCACCAGAUACUAGCUCUGUGUUUUAUGACGUCGAGGAUGAUUUGAAGGAGAAGAUGUUGUGGGACCACAGUGAGAGACUGGCCAUUGCUUUUUCUCUUAUCAACACAGCCCCAGGGAUGACUAUCAGGAUUACAAAGAACCUCCGGGUGUGUGUCGAUUGCCACGUGGUCACUAAACUCAUCUCCAAGAUUGUCAAUCGAGAAAUUGUCAUGAGGGAUGCACAUCGGUUUCACCACUUCCGUGACGGAUCUUGUUCUUGUGGUGAUUAUUGGUGAAUUUUUCUUCGACACAAAUGGUUACUUUGUGCAAGGAGCUGGAUUUGUUAAUUCCUGUUUGUGAACCUUUUCUGUCUCCUAAUGCGGAACUAGAGAAAUACCAAUGGGACUUGGGUGCUGUGAGAUGGUGGGGUUUUUUCAAGGUCCUCAUGCCAAUGUUGCAAACACGUGCAAGACCUCAGAUGGACUAUUCAUGCAUGUUAGACACAGACUGCUGGUUCUUUUUCUCAAGCAUCACUCCCACACAUGUGACUUCCCAACCCCCAAUCCCUGAUGAAUGGUCCUGAUCUUGCACAUGCGUGUCCCAUUUAUGUAUGCAUGGAACCCCUUGUGGAACCAUCAGAGUCACUGGAGGAUCAAAAGAUUAGCUAAUCGCAAGGUUUAAUACUUCAACUGACCAGGAUACUGUUCUGGUUAAGGUGAAGCAGUAACCUCACGGGCUCCAACCUUGGCAUUGUGUUGACACGGGUGCAUGGAACCCCAUGUGGAAUUAUCAGACUCAGGUCAAAGAUUAGCUAAUCACAAGGUUGUGUACUUAAACCUAUUAGCUAAUCACAAGGUUGAGUACUUAAACCUACCCGGAUACUAUUCUGGUUAAGGUAAAGUGAUAACUUGAUGGGCUCCAUCGACCUUGGCAUCAGAUCAGAGUUUUAAGGUUUGUGCUUGUGUGUGGCUGUUUUUGUGUAAUUUUUUAUUUUAUUUUUUGGGGGUUGGUUGGGCAUACAUUCCUCACUGAAUUUUUUUUUUUGUUCCGGAAUUCAAGUGUACAGUUUGAGAUAUCGCUGGAUAGUGUAAAUAGCAACUUUGCAAGCUAUUGAUUUGAUCUUCUUCUCUUGCUUUAGCA